CCGCUCCGGGCAGCUGCUGAUGCAAGGAAUCCCCUGGGCCCCCGUCCACUCCACUGCUGACCAGUUCACCCACCUGUGCCGAGCCUUCCUGCAGGCCUCGCCCACAUCUGUGGGACCCUGUGACGUGGGGGUCCAUCCAGCUGGAGAAGAAAAUCCUCUCAUGCUAGCAUUGCAGACCCCUAAGGGUCCCGUGUGGGUGCUGAGAUGGCCAAUGAGAAUCACGGCAGCCCCCGGGAGGAAGCGUCCCUGCUGAAUCACUCCCCGGGCACCUCCAAUCAGAGCCAGCCCUGUUCUCCAAAACCAAUCCGCUUGGUGCAGGACCUCCCAGAGGAGCUGGUGCAUGCGGGCUGGGAGAAGUGCUGGAGCCGGAGGGAGAACCGUCCCUACUACUUCAACCGAUUCACUAACCAGUCCCUGUGGGAGAUGCCCGUGCUGGGCCAGCACGAUGUGAUUUCGGACCCUUUGGGGCUGAAUGCGACCCCACUGCCCCAAGACUCAAGCUUGGUGGAAACCCCAAUGGCUGAGAACAAGCCCAGAAAGCGGCAGCUCUCGGAAGAGCAGCCAAGUGGCAAUGGUGUGAAGAAGCCCAAGAUUGAAAUCCCUGUGACACCUACUGGCCAUUUGGUGCCCAGCUCCCCCAGCGUCCCAGGAACCCCAACGCUGAAGUUUUGGGGUACAUCCCCUGAGGACAAACAGCAGGCAGCUCUCCUCCGACCCACUGAGGUGUACUGGGACCUGGAUAUCCAGACCAAUGCUGUCAUCAAGCACCGGGGCCCUUCAGAGGUGCUGCCCCCGCAUCCUGAAGUGGAGCUGCUCCGCUCCCAGCUCAUCCUGAAGCUUCGGCAGCACUACCGGGAGCUGUGCCAGCAACGAGAGGGCAUUGAUCCUCCUCGGGAAUCUUUCAACCGCUGGAUGCUGGAGCGCAAGGUGGUGGACAAAGGCUCUGACCCUCUGUUGCCGAGCAACUGUGAACCAGUCGUGUCACCUUCCAUGUUUCGUGAAAUCAUGAAUGACAUUCCCAUCAGGUUAUCCCGCAUCAAGUUCCGGGAGGAAGCCAAGCGCCUGCUCUUCAAAUAUGCAGAAGCUGCCAGGCGGCUCAUUGAGUCCAGGAGUGCAUCCCCCGACAGCAGGAAGGUGGUCAAGUGGAAUGUGGAAGACACCUUCAGCUGGCUUCGGAAGGACCAUUCAGCCUCCAAGGAGGACUACAUGGAUCGCCUGGAGCACUUGCGGAGGCAGUGUGGUCCCCAUGUCUCAGCUGCAGCCAAGGACUCUGUGGAAGGCAUCUGUAGUAAGAUCUACCACAUUUCCCUGGAGUACGUCAAACGGAUUCGAGAGAAGCACCUUGCCAUCCUCAAGGAAAACAAUAUCCCAGAGGAGGUGGAGGCCUCGGAGAUGGAGCCCCGCCUGGUAUACUGCUACCCAGUACGGCUGGCUGUGUCUGCACCCCCCAUGCCCAGCGUGGAGAUGCACAUGGAGAAUAACGUCGUCUGCAUCCGGUACAAGGGAGAGAUGGUCAAGGUCAGCCGCAACUACUUCAGCAAGCUGUGGCUCCUUUAUCGCUACAGCUGCAUUGAUGACUCUGCCUUUGAGAGAGAGGCCAGGCCUCAGAUGCUUACUGUGGCCACUCUGCAGAUGAUGUUUGGUGUGGGCCUCUAUGAGGGAACUGGCCUGCAGGGAUCAUUGCCUGUGCACGUCUUUGAGGCCCUCCACCGACUCUUUGGCAUCAGCUUCGAGUGCUUCGCCUCACCUCUCAACUGCUAUUUCCGCCAGUACUGUUCUGCCUUCCCUGACACAGACGGCUACUUUGGCUCCCGUGGGCCCUGCCUAGACUUUGCCCCGCUGAGUGGUUCCUUUGAGGCCAACCCUCCGUUCUGUGAGGAGCUCAUGGAUGCCAUGGUCUCUCACUUUGAGAAACUGCUCGAGAGCUCACCAGAGCCCCUGUCCUUCAUCGUGUUCAUCCCUGAGUGGCGGGACCCCCCCACAACAGCGCUCACCCGCAUGGAGCAGAGCCGCUUCAAACGCCACCAGCUGGUCCUGCCUGCUUUCGAGCAUGAGUACCGCAGUGGCUCCCAGCACAUCUGCAAGAAGGAGGAAAUGCACUACAAGGCCGUCCACAACACGGUGGUGCUCUUCCUACAAAACGACCCUGGUUUUGCCAAGUGGGGUCCGACACCUGAGCGGCUGCAGGAGCUGAGCACCGCCUACCGGCAAUCCAGCCGCAGCCAUGGCUCUUCCUCAUCAUCCUCCUCAGAGGCCAAGGAACGGGACUUGGGCCGUGAGCAGGGCCCUAGCCGCGAGCCUCACCCCACUUAACACAUCCUGCGGGGAGGAGGAGCCCCAGGGGUGCUGGUAUGGACUGCUGGGACUCGGGCAUCUGGGGGCUGAACAGACCCCAGGACCCUCCCCCUGGGAUGGCAGCAGGACUUGGGCUGCCAUUGACAUAGGAAGAUUAUGGCUCUGCUGGGGCUCUCCCUCCCUGCCCCAUCCCCUAAUGCCCCGCCUCAAACUCACUCCAAGUGUCCUGUAAAUAGACCCUGAUGCCUUCCCAGUCCCACCCCCUACCCUGUUGCUGCCUUGUUUCAUUUGUAAAAGGAAAUACAGAAACCCCUCCGAGAA